AUGGCAAAUCGCAAUCUUUUACUCUCCGCCCUCCGUCGUUCUCGUCCUCUCUCCACACUCUCUCGUCUCCUAACGAACUCUAACCCUAACUCCCUCACUGCACAACCCGCCAAUGCAAUACCGCCUUGCAGCUCACUCGCUUCUUUUCAUCUCCCUUUCUGUCGAUUCUUGUCGACUCGCACCGAGUCAGAAUCUAUCAAUUUCGAGCAACUCGCUGAUCCUGUCACCGAGGAGGGGGUGGUUAACGGUAUUCUUCCGGUAGACGCAAUGAUUUCGUUGCUUGAUUCAUAUCAUGAUCUCACUGGUCUCCCCUGGUCAGUGGAUAAUCAUUGCUUCAUCAACACUGGCAAUGAGAACAACGCUGCUUCCUUUACAUGUUCUGCAAAUGCACAAGAUCAAGAAAAUCUCUCAGGUGGCGCUCUAUGGUUUCAGAAUUUGACUGAACUUCCUCAUGGUGUUUUAGGCGCCAUCUUUCCGUUUCUUAUCGCUAGUUUGCACGGCCUUAAUGUUCAGUACUACAAGAAGUAUCUCAAUUUUUUGAUGCUGCCUUUGUUUUUCAUUGGUUACUGCAUUCCACAGGGAAGUCUGGUUUACUGGGUUACCAACAGUUCGUUUACUGCUAUCCAGCAAGCGUCUCUCAAACAUCCUGUUGUUCGUGCAAAAUUAGGGUUGCUGGAGAAGGAUUCUCCAAAAGCACCUGCAAUUUCUGCAGAAAUGGUUACACCUGAAUUGCACAAAGUUUCACCAGAAAAUUUAUCACCUCAUGAACUACUAGCAGUGAGUGGUGAUGUACAAGCUCUAUUGCAAGAAGGACUCCAUGCAGAGGCGACUGAUCAUUUAGAGCGUGCUAUUUCCAAGCUCAUUCUUUCUGGCCAUCCAACUGCAGAGGAUGUGGAUCAUCUAAUUCUUGCAUCACAAUGGGCAGGUGUUGCCUGUAUACGUCAGGAAAAGAAUGCUGAAGGAAUCAUGCACCUAGAAAGAAUCACAAGUCUGGAAGAACCAGAGGACCCAAAGAGCAAAGCCCACUAUUUUGAUGGUUUAUUAUUACUUGCGAGGUUCUGGAACAUGGUUAUAAACGAGCCCCCAGUACGUGCUUGCAACUUGCAAGAUGAUCUGUCCUGUCGGGGUGAGAGGCGACCUGCAAAUGAUCGUUUUAGAGGUGGUAGGUCGUGCCACACCUUGUACGGCGAACACAAUUUUCUCAGGCGAGUGAGAUGCGCUCUACUUUUGGUGGUCUCUUGGUCGUCCAUUUUUGGAAGGAAGCUCCCUUGGGUUGGGUCCACCAAGCUGAGGCUCAGAAGGUCCAGAAUGACCAAGGACUAA